UAGCAUUGGCACUACAGAUGAAGGAGAUCCAGAGAACGGUGUAAAAGCACAACAAAAUGGCUUACAAAAUUAUCGAAGAUAUCCAAAAAAUUACCACACAUGCUUCGACUUCAUCAAGCUUGUAGUGAAGUUUCUGCUAAUUAUCAUUGGAAUUGGGCUAUGGAGGGUACAAGCAAUGACAAAGAAGAAGCAAACUAAUACACAUGCAUACCAGAUCAUGGAAGAACUUGUUGAUCGGCUACACAAGGAAUCGCAUUAUGGUAUAGAUGGAAUGAAGCCCAAAAUGGCACAAGAAGAAAGUUUGUUACCCAUGGGUGUAGAUGAACCAAAAAUUGUAGAUGAACCAAGUCAGCCCCCUUCUCAACAAAUUCAAGAUAAACACGAAGCAGAAAUUCCUGACAAACAAGUUGAAGAUGAUUCAAAACAAAAAACAGUUGGAGCGACACCAAUCCUAGUGGCAGCAAAGAGGGGUGCCAUAGAGAUGGUGGAGAAAAUUCUGGAGGAGACUCCGGUGGCUGCUCUUGACUUGGAUCAAGAUGAGAAGAACAUAGUACUGUUAGCAGUGGAGAACCGGCAACCUCGAGUAUAUGAAUUUAUGCUGAAGAGGAAAUUAAUGCAAAACACUGUGUUUGGUGCAGUGGACAAGGACGGCAAUAGCGCCCUACAUUUAGCUGCCCGGCUUAGCUCUAGUAGGCCUUGGGUCAUUCCCGGAGCAGCACUUCAAAUGCAAUGGGAGAUCAAGUGGUACAAGUAUGUGUUGAAAUCCAUGGGAGCGGAGUUCUUCAUGCAACACAAUAUGAAAGGCGAGACCGCUUUGGAAAUCUUCACCACCACUCACGAGCCUCUGGUGAAGGAUGCCGGCAAAUGGCUCAACAACACCUCACAAUCAUGCUCCGUGGUUGCUGCCCUCAUUGCGACAGUGGCCUUUGCCUCUGCAACUGCUGUGCCCGGGGGUGUCAACCAAGAUUCAGGCUUCCCCAUCUUCGAAGGCAAGCCUGCCUUCCAAAUGUUCGCCCUCUCCGCCCUCAUAGCCCUCUGCUUCUCAAUUACCUCCCUGGUUAUGUUCCUUUCUAUCCUCACCUCCCGUUUUCAAGAGCGAGACUUUGAGAAGGACCUCCCUGGGAAGCUGAUCAUUGGCCUCACCACCCUCUUCAUGUCCAUCUGUGCAAACCUUGUCUCCUUUUGUGCAGGCCAUUUCUUCGUCAUCGAGCAGAAGCUGAAGUAUGCAGCAUAUCCAAUAUAUGCGAUUGUGUGCCUGCCCGUAUCAUUCUUUGCUGUGGCGCAGUUUCCACUCUACAUCGACCUGAUAAAGGCCACCUUCGC